UUAGUAAACAAACAUGGCGAAUUUCAUGCCGCCGGAUUCUCCCGAUGAUUUAAUCCUGGAAGAUGAUUAUUAUGCUUUAUUAAAUUUGGAAAAAUCUGCCAGUGCUGAUGAUAUCACAAAUUCUUAUAGACGUCUUAGUAAAUUAUAUCACCCGGAUAAACAUUUAGAUCCCGUCAAAAAGAAAAAUGCAGAAAUUCUGUUCAAUAAAAUUAAAACAGCAUACGAAGUGUUGAAUGAUCCUCAUCAACGAGCUAUUUAUGACACAUUAGGUAUCAAAGGCUUAGAAACUGAAGGAUGGCAGAUUGUAGAGAGGACGAAGACUGCUCAAGAAAUCAGGGAAGAAUACGAGUUGCUUGUAAAAGAAAGAGAAGAAAGAAAAUUGCAACAAAGAACAAAUCCUAAAGGUGUCAUAAGUGUUGGUGUAAAUGCAACAGAUCUUUUCGAAACUUAUGACUUUGAAGGAUUACCAGCAUUAGAAAUAUCUUCCAUGACGAUAUCACAAUCGGUGGAGGCACCUCUUAGUGUUUCAGAUACCAUGGUUCUGAAUGGAAGUCUUACAACACAAAAUGGGACUGGUGCUGGAAAUGUAGCAUGCACCAUGAAAAAGGUUAUUUCAUCAAAUUCGUGGAUUGAAUAUGGAAUUGGUGCUGGGAAUGGAUUAGGCCUGAAUAUGAAAGGCUUUCGAAAUUUAUCUAAACGAUGCUUUGGAACCUUACAAACAUCGAUGUUAUUUGCUAACAGUGGCCUGACAGCUGGUUUUGAAUUAAUGUUGGCACGUCAGUUGGACAAACAAACUGCUGGAUACUUAACUUGGAAAAAAGGUCACAGUUCUUCUGUAAAUACUAUGGUUGUUCAUGAUGCAGAGAAAUGUCGUUUUGUUGGAGGCAUACAGUUUGGCGUUCGCACAAGCUUUAUCACUUUUAGCUACAUACGGAAACUUGAAGAUGAUGGGAAACUUAAAGGCUCGAUAAAAUUUGGAGUUUUUGGUGCUGUAUUUGAAUAUGGUUGUGAAAAAAAAGUUUCUCAACGUAGCACUGCUGGUGCUGCUUUAAUGAUAGGAAUUCCAUCUGGUGUUACUCUUAAAUUAAAAAUAAACCGUGCCAAUCAAACUUUCAAUUUCCCCAUAUUGUUGUCUGAGGAGAUAAUUCCAAGUGCAAUAUUUUAUGGAACAGUCACUCCUAUUGUUGGGUGGUAUGUAGUGAAAACUUUUAUCAUUGACCCCUACCAUCGGAAACAAAAAGAAAGAGAAACCGAGAAGGUAAAAGAAGCUAAUGCUCAAAAAAUGAUGGAACGAAAAAAAGAAGCUUUAAUGGCGGUCUCAUUAAUGCAAGAAACUUAUAGGAGAAUCAAAAGUCAAGAAGAGGAAAGAAAUGGCCUAAUUAUUUCACAAGCUAUUUAUGGAAGUGCUGAGGAGCUAUCUAAUCUUGACUCUGACACUAUUGAUACCCAACAGAACUUAUUUGAUGUCACAGUUCAGUUACAGUGCUUAGUAAAGGAUUCUCGAUUAUCUCUUCCCAAUCGAUCCAAGAGUAAUUUACCAGGAUUUUACGAUCCAUGCUUAGGUGAAGACAAAUGUUUGCGUGUAAAUUAUUUGUACAGGAAUAUUUCUCAUUCUGUAACAGUUGAAGACUGUGACCCUUUAAGGAUACCCCGAGAUUCUUUUUGAUAGAUGAAGUUCCUAGUGAAAAGAAUGCCAUAGUUUUAACAAAUUCGUGCUAUCUCAACAAAGAUAACAUAGAGACUUUUACUGAGGUUCCUCGGUUGUGCAUUUGUAGAGUAUUCAGUCUCCUUUAUUGUAAAUUA